AAAAAAACUCCGAGUGACAAAAGAAUAAGUUAAUCAAAAGUAAUUAAGUUAAUUAAAAGGUGCAAAUAAAAAUAAAACAAGUUAUCAAAAAAAUACGAAAAUCAAUUGAAAAUAUUUUUUCAAACCACAAUUCAAAUACAAAUACAACAAAAACGUUUAUGGUCAAACUCCUUAUUUGUCGUGUGUGUUGUUGUGUAUUUUCGGUGCAAUUUUGUUUGCAAAUCAGUUGCCAAAUUUAACGCGUUUAUUGAACUUGUCACAACAUUUGCGUGCAUGUGUCUGUAUGAACGUGUGCAAUAGAACAUGUCUGUUAUGCUAAUUGCCGAAUCUGGUGGAAUUAUUUGCUCAAUUAAUUAAACGGAGCAGCUGUGCAAAAGCAACUGAAGCAGUGGACUUAACUUUUUUUAACCGUUACACACUCAAAGCGCUGUCAAAGUAAACUAGUGAAAUUCCAGACAAGUGUAAAAGACCGCAAUAACAAGAUAAACACGUGAGCACAAGAAUUCCUCAAUUCCAACAGCGCAAUUGAAACAAGAAUAAGAUUGUUGAAGGCAGAAAUUAUAGAAAAAAAUAAUAAUUCACAAUUCUAAGUGAAAUAAGAUAAGAUUACAAGAAAUAAGUGUAGUAACUCGACAUACAGUAUUAUAGAAAAGUAACAAAACAUGGGCGUAACACUGGAGGUGCGAAAUGGCAAGAACGCCAAGGCGAACGCAGCGGAUCUUGAGGGUAGUGGCGGCAUGCAGACAAACCGCACAAGUAAAAUGGAGACUGCGACACAUCUUUUCAAAGGUAGCGUCGGCGCUGGCCUCUUCGCUAUGGGUGAUGCCUUCAAGAAUGGCGGUCUGGUCGGUGCUACUGUGCUGUUGCCCAUUCUGGCGGUUAUUUGCGUGCACUGUGAGCGUCUGCUGAUUGACAGUUCGAUCAUGGUCGUGGGUAAGACACCCGGUGUGGACUUCUUCGAUUAUCCGGAUACGGUGGAAAAGGUCUUUGAAUAUGGGCCACCGCCUGUGCGAAAAUUGUCCAAAUUAAUGCGUACAAUUGUGGAGACUUUUCUGUGUGUAACACAAUUCGGCUUCUGUUCGAUAUAUUUCGUUUUCAUUACGGAGAAUCUGCAUCAGGUACUGCAACAAAACGGCAUCGAAAUUAGUCAAACCACCACAAUGGCAAUCACAUUGCUGCCGGCCAUGUUGCCUUCGUUACUCACCAAUUUGAAAUACAUCUCACCCGUUUCGAUGUUGGCCAACUUGUCGCUACUCUUCGGUCUUCUAGCCACGCUGGUAAUCGCGUUGCAAGGCCCCAUGCCGGCCAUAAGCGAGCGUCACUACAUCACCAACGGUACACAGAUGGCAUUGUUCUUUGGCACAGCGCUUUUCGCCUUCGAAGGCAUUGCGCUUAUACUACCGUUACGCAAUAAAAUGCGUAAUCCUGAAAACUUUACGAGUACUUUUGGUGUUUUAAAUGUGACCAUGGGAAUGGUAACGACAAUUUUCAUAUUCACCGGUUUCAUUGGUUACAUGCGUUGGGGUGAGGAUGUUGAUGGCAGCAUAACGUUGAAUUUGAAUGCAGAAGAAGUCAUGUCACAGGUUGUCAAAAUCGUCGCUGCGCUGGGCGUUUUCUUCGGUUAUCCCAUACAAUUCUUCAUCCUGAUUAAGAUCAUCUGGAAACCGAUGAAGGAAUCAUGCGGUGUAGCCCAAAGCUAUCCUAUUACUGUACAAGUUGUGUUCCGUUUCAUCAUGGUGAUGUGUACAUUUGGUGUUGCUGUGAUUGUGCCCAAACUCGGACUCUUCAUUUCGCUAAUCGGUGCACUGUGUUCCACUUCAUUGGCGCUCUUGAUACCGGUGAUACUUGAUUUUGUUUUGCGCGCUGGCGUGCCCAAAGCCCUGACCACUUGGGUGUACCUGAAGAACAUGGCGAUUGUGCUGAUUGCCUUGUUAGGCAUUGCCACCGGCACUUAUCAGAGCGUUGUAGAGAUAAUCCAAGAAUUUUAUGAUUAAAUAUGUUGUGACAGGCAAAUAACAAUUAAGUUUGAUAUCCAUGUACGUAUGUGUUGAUGUGGUAUUUAUUACCGUUAUAUAUUAUGCAUUAGUUGUGUCACGUGUUGUGUUAAGUUAGUACAUUUUUAAGUAAUUAUGGCCAUGAGAAAAGUAAUUAUCGAUAAAAACAAAUUAUUGUAAAUAAGCUGUUAUGUAAAUACUUAGUUAAUAGGUCGUCCCUCAUAUAUUUUUUCAUAAUGGAGGGAUAUCAUUACGAUUUCCAUGCCUAAGUAGCACCAAAUAGUCUGUUAGCUUUUCUAUUAGUGUUAAUUUGAUUAAAUUUAAGUAUUUGUAUUUCUAUGGUUUUUAUAUAACGUGAAGCUGUGCUAAGAUGAACACUGUGUUACUUUGUUUUAAAAAUUCUGAUUUAAAAAGCGUAAAUUACUUUAUAUAAAUUUUAAAUAUUAUUUGUUUUUAGUUCUUAACUAUAAUUUUAAUUGCAAGAACAUAUGUAUUAUUAGUCUAAAAGCUUUCCAUAGGAUAAGAAAGUAUUUUAUAGAAAAAUGCUAAAUAAAAAGAAAAUACAAUUCAACUAUAACAUCUAAA